GUUUUUGCGACAGCGCGGAUCCAAGAUGGCGGCGACGAGGACGAUGAGGGCUGGGGCCGGUCUGGCGGCGGCGGCGGCGGGUUUGGGUCUGUCGGGGGGCUGCCCGGACUGGACCCACCAGGCCGAGACCACCGGGACGACCAUCAUGGCCGUGGAGUUUGACGGAGGGGUGGUCAUUGGCGCAGACUCCAGGACCACCACCGGUUCCUACAUUGCCAACCGAGUGACAGACAAGCUGACCCAGAUCCACGACCACAUUUUCUGUUGCCGGUCAGGCUCAGCUGCCGAUACCCAGGCCAUCGCGGAUGCUGUCACAUACCAGCUGGGCUUCCACAGCAUUGAACUGGAUGAGCGGCCCCUGGUCCACACAGCGGCCAACCUCUUCAAGGAGAUGUGCUACCGAUACCGAGAGGACCUCACGGCUGGGAUCCUGGUGGCCGGCUGGGACAAGCGCAAGGGGGGCCAGGUCUACUCCGUCCCCAUGGGGGGCAUGAUGGUCCGGCAGCCCUUCUCCAUCGGGGGCUCUGGCAGCUCCUACAUCUAUGGCUACGUCGAUGCCUCCUACAAGCCUGGGAUGAGCAAGGAGGAGUGUUUGGCCUUCACUGCCAAUGCCCUCUCCCUGGCCAUGGACCGGGAUGGUUCCAGCGGCGGUGUGAUCCGCCUGGCGGCCAUCACAAAGGACGGCGUGGAGCGAAAGGUCAUUCUGGGCAACGAACUGCCCCGCUUCUCCCCCCUCUGAAGAAGGAGCCGGUCUGAUCUGUGGAGGGAAGGCCGUACCGUUUGGCAGCAGAACCCUCUUUGUGUAAUAUUAUAGUUACUGUUGUUGUGAAUUGCGCCUGUUGCGGGAGCCAUUCUGUUGUUGGGUUUUCACCCAGGUUUAAUAACAAGGUAUUAAAAGAUGGGAGUCCACA